AUGCACCCCCAUACCAAGGGAUUGAAUAGACACACGAAUAAACAUGGAUACACUGUACCUGACAUCACUUACAAAGAUCCUAACAACCGACGCUUGCGAGUAGUCACCAUUGGAACGGGCUUCUCGGGCGUUUUACUUGCGUACAAACUCAAGAAUGAGACAGAAAAUGUCGAGCACGUUAUGUUACCCAGUCACUCGUACACUUACAAUUUUGCACUCAACGUGAGUCCAGAAUUUUGCCGUGUCAUUGAAGCAAAAUGGUCCGAGGAUGAUAGCAGGUGGGAUCUGAAGAUCGAACAGUCCUACGCAGACGAGACCAAAAAGAUUGUAUACGACCACUGUAUGACUAUGGAGAGUCACAAUGGAAAGGCCAAAGAAUGGUAA